UAAACGGAGGCUUAGACAGUUCAACGCUAUUAGCCUUGUGCUUAUAUUCUGAUAACACUUGUCGUCCCCUUGUUUACAAUUUUUUUUGAGUGCGCAGUUUGCCUCAAUUGAAAUUGCAGUCCUUCAUUUGUCAUGAAAAAAGAGCUUCAAUAUAUUCUGCUAGCGCACUUGUUGCUAGUGGUAUUUUUGGUUUAUCAGACGUUUGACUUGAUAACGCUGCUUUAUGAUGAUAGUUUUCAGUACGCUCUGCUGGAAUCUGAGCUAUCGCCUACCGUGGAUAAGCCCCAACUCAUUCCCAAAAUAAUUCAUCAGACGUACAAGACAACUGACAUCCCUGAUGUCUGGAAGCAAGGACAACAAAGUUGCAUCGACCUGCAUCCCGACUAUCAGUACAUUCUCUGGACAGAUGAGAUGUCUAGAGAAUUUAUUUCUGAGCAAUAUCCAUGGUUUUUAGAGACUUUUGACAAAUACAAGUAUCCAAUUGAAAGAGCAGAUGCGAUCAGGUACUUUAUCUUGUAUCACUUUGGCGGCAUUUACAUUGACUUGGACGAUGGGUGUGCCCGAAAACUAGAUCCUUUGCUCACCGUUCCGGCGUUUGUGAGAAAAACCAUACCUACGGGUAUUUCUAACGAUGCCAUGGGCUCGAUGCCUAGACAUCCAUUCUUUGCCAAAGUGAUUGAUGAUUUGAACAAAUACAACCACAACUGGCUAGUGCCAUACAUCACAAUUAUGUACUCCACAGGACCGCUGUUUUUGUCCGUGAUAUGGAAACAGUACAAGAGAUGGGGCGUUCCUGAUGCAGGGGCGGUUAGGAUUCUCAUGCCUCAGGACUACAGCAAUGGAGAGCAUCCAUUUUUCAGCAUUUCGAAAGGCUCUUCAUGGCACAUGGAUGAUGCGAAAUUCAUGUUUUUACUCUCCAAGCAUAUUGUUUGGGCUGUAAUUGGUGGCUUUGCAGUUGCGCUGUUAUUUUUUUACUUGGAGUACCUCAUGUACUCUUUCUUCAUCUCCAAUACUUUCAAGAGAUUCAGAAAAGGAGUCUGGAACCUAAUGAGAUUAAGAUCCUGGUCGCAUGGAAACAAUUACACACGUUUAAACCCGCGGAAACAGGCCAAGUAUCUCAAAACAAGAAAUAGAAAAGACUCCAAUUUACCAGUCGCUAUCAACAUCGAUUUGGAGAAAAAUGUUAUGGAGGUUUGACUGUCGGAAAUUCACUUGUUGUGUAUACUAGCAUUUGCUGUCAAUGUAAUAUAUGAACUGAAUAGACGGCUAGCAUUGUCAUGAGACAAAAAAACCAAUAAUUCGCGUGUAAUAAACAGGUUUUUUCGAAUAAAGCCAAGACUAAUUAGUCGGCGAUGUCGGACAGAGCCCAUAUAAAUUUCUCCAACGGCCUGAAAUAAUCAACCAAUUACUACCAUGAUUUUUAGGUUUAUCGCUCUUGCUGCGUGUGUUACCUCACAAAAGGUUCUCACGGAUAAUGUCUGGACAUCAACGUCGUCUAAUAACAUGGUCCUCGUGACUCCUACAGUCACUGACGGAGUUACCAUAUCUGCUUCUCCUGUCUCAGACUCAGCUACCAUUUGGAACUCUCUUGAUUCCUCUGGAAUCCCAUACUUAGUUACGCCUUCUGUCUCAGGUUCCAGUACGAUCUCUGCAUCUCCUACACCAACUGACACUUCUUAUCCAAGUCCAACAGGGGGAGCACCUCCGGUGCUGCGCUGUAUGAACGAGAGAGCAGACGAAUCCAACUCUGGAUAUCCGUUUUGCAUUGCCAACGGCACCGAAAUGCUCGUUGGAGAGACCUACUGGAUUACUUGGGAUCCACAGUACUGGGGAAGUGAUGAUAUCGUCAGGGUCCGUCUUUCAACUAAUGCCUAUCCCUCGGUUGAUGGAGACGAAUCCCUUUUUACAUCUGAUUAUGUCAUCAAUAACAACGGAUACUAUGCAUGGGAAGUCAAGUCAUCAUACCGCAGAAGUGGCACCGAGGGCUACUGCUGGCUGCUUAUCACACCACAAUUAGACUCCACCAGUAAUGCCAAGCACACGGGCACCACGUACGGGCCGUUGAUUCGGAUCAUCGAGCACGAGUCGGAUGCCUACACUACCAUCACCCGGAAACCUUCUGACAACGGUGCCACGACCACGUCCAGCAAGUCCAAAGCCAAGAUAAUUGUCCCUGCAGUUGUAGUUCCUGUUGUUGUUUUGGGUUUCCUGAUAGUUGGUAUCGUGUGGUAUUUCCGUCGCUUGCAUGGCAAGACAAGCCUCGCAAAUCUUAUUCCUUUGAAACGACGCGAGGCCGAUGCUGUCAGUGUUACCACAGACGACCUACGCUCAGAGGUUACGGACAUGCGCUCGGAGGUUACAGAUUACUCAAGGAACACUAAUCCUUUCCAUUAGUCAAAUAGAAGACGCAGUUUAAUCUGUCAGGAGCAAGAAGGUGAACGAUCAAAAUUCAGAGUUAAUCGCUAAUCUACCUCUAUCGAAGUUACUGAGUGCCGUUUUGUAGGGCCAUCUAAAGUGUCUCAUCCAAAAAACAUCAAGGUAAUGCCCACCAGAGCCCAGUAAUAUUCCGGAGACCUCGACAGACCUCUGUUGGUCGUCUUGAUAUCCCUGUAACAACUGGAAAUUACCGUGCUUUGGGAAAGUUUCCCUUUGAACCAAACCUCUGCACUAUAUUGUAUGGGCAGUAAAUCUUCGAAAGAAGAAAGUUAGAGUAGGUGCUGUACUGCCGAAUCAAUAGAGGUUGUUUUUCCUCAUGGCAGAUUGUUGUAACAAAGAUCUCAAUGGCGCACACAAAUGGUUACAUAGCCGGUUCCAAUUUCAGUCAUAUGACUGAUAUUAUUAAGUGUUGGAAUUAUAUAUUUAAUACGGCAUCGGUUU